UCGGGGCCGCGCAUGAGCCGCUGAGCCCAGGACGCGCGCACUCUGCUGCUCGUUCUUUGUCCUCCAUUGCAGCUGGUGUUCGCAGCUCCGCCGCACAGCGCAGGCCCGAAGUAGCGCAGCCGCUCUGAGUGUGUUUGAGAGAAACUGUAUCGGGUGAUGGAAGACCACACGGUGCAUCAGACGGAGCACAUGACCACUAUCGAGGCCCAUGCCGUCGCUCAGCAGGUCGGGCAGGUGCACGUGGCCACGUACACAGAGCAUGGCAUGUUGAGCGCCGACGAGGAUUCGCCCUCCUCGCCUGAUGAUGACGCUUACGACGACUCUGAUAUCCUCAACUCAACUGGAACUGAUGAAGUCACAGCACAUCUGGCUGCUGCAGGGCCUGUUGGCAUGGCAGCAGCCGCAGCUGUGGCAACAGGGAAGAAACGGAAACGGCCGCACAUCUUUGAAUCGAACCCUUCAAUCCGUAAAAGACAACAGACUCGCUUGCUUAGGAAGCUGAGAGCAACUCUAGAUGAGUACACGACACGGGUUGGCCAGCAGGCUAUUGUGUUGUGCAUCUCUCCCUCUAAACCCAACCCUGUGUUUAGAGUAUUUGGAGCGGCACCAUUAGAGAAUGUGGUGAGAAAAUACAAGAGCAUGAUACUGGAGGAUCUGGAAAACGCUCUGGCAGAACACGCGCCCCCUGGUGGUGGAGAACUCAGCUCUGAACUGCCUCCACUGACUAUCGACGGCAUACCAGUGUCUGUGGACAAGAUGACACAGGCCCAACUCCGAGCGUUCAUUCCAGAAAUGCUAAAGUACUCCACAGGCCGUGGGAAGCCUGGCUGGGGGAAAGAGAGCUGCAAGCCCAUCUGGUGGCCGGAGGACAUUCCUUGGGCCAACGUACGCAGCGACGUCCGAACAGAGGAGCAGAAACAGAGGGUGUCAUGGACGCAAGCCCUGAGGACUAUAGUUAAAAACUGCUAUAAGCAGCAUGGGAGAGAGGACCUGCUCUACGCCUUUGAGGACCAGGUCACCACACAACAAGUUGCCACAACAGCCACACACAGCAUUGCGCACCUGGUGCCGUCACAGACUGUAGUGCAGACUAUCAGUAAUCCUGAUGGAACAGUCUCGCUCAUUCAGGUUGGCACAGGAGCCACGGUCGCAACACUGGCAGAUGCGUCAGAAUUGCCAGGCACAGUGACGGUGGCCCAGGUGAAUUACUCCACAGUGACAGAUGGAGAGGUGAUAUCUUUCCCUUCACACCUCUCAUGUGUUUCUAAGGUGGAACAGAAUUGGGCCACACUACAGGGAGGCGAGAUGACCAUCCAAACAACGCAACCAUCGGAGGCCACGCAGGCUGUGGCCUCCUUAGCCGAAGCUGCGGUCGCUGCCUCGCAAGAGAUGCAGCAGGGGGCAACUGUUACCAUGGCACUCAACAGUGAAGCAGCAGCUCACGCAGUGGCGACAUUAGCAGAAGCGACUCUUCAGGGCGGAGGACAGAUCGUGUUAGCAGGAGAAACGGCGGCCGCAGUUGGAGCUUUAACUGGCGUCCCGGAUGGCAGUGGUCUCGUCCAGAUUCCAGUCAGCAUGUAUCAGACUGUCGUCACCAGUUUGGCCCAGGGAAAUCGACCCGUUCAGGUGGCCAUGGCUCCCGUAGCCACUCGUAUCGACAACACGGUUACGCUUGACGGACAGGCGGUGGAAGUGGUGACCCUAGAACAGUGACAUACUCUACCCCUGCAGGUGUGUGGGACAGGACCUUCGGCGCCUAUGUAAAAUAGCUGCUGGAAUAAAGUGUAAAAAUAAUAUUUGGACCUGUUCACAUACAUCUGCAGGGGGGUUGGAACGUUUUUUCUUGUUAUUUUGUACAUUGUACACAGUUCGUUGUCUUUUCUUUUUUUUUUUUUUUUUUUUCCUAGUGUUUGUUAAUGUUAUUUUUUUUUAGCUAAUGUUUGAUUCAUGUAUUGCAGAGGAUACUUAGAAAUUACAGGCUAAUUGUUUCUGUACAAUUGCAAUGAAAGAAAACAAUCAACCACAUUUUCAGCCUUCAAAAACUGGCAUAAUUUGUUAUUUUCUUCCCUUACAUGAUUUGUGUUGGUCAUUCUGGAUAUUUCCUCAGUUUUUAAUCUAGGUUUGCAUAUGCGUGUAUAUAUAUUGUGAAGCAUCUUGUGCCAUAUUUGAGUCAUUUCAUUAAUAUAUUAUGUGUAAAUUGCAUUACGAUUUUAGUGUUAGAUCCCAUUGACUACUGAGAUGCAUGUUUUUUUUUUUCUUUUUGUCAGUCUGUAUAAUGUAGAAUUCUUUGUAUGCAUUUCACAUAACUCCAAAUGUAAAAAAAAAAUGUAUGACCUUGAAUGAUUAUGUGGUAUAUUGAAUGAGACCACCAUUUCCUGUCGGUACAGAAUUGUUCUGAAAUUUGAGCACUCAGUGCUAUCUAUAGACUUUCACUGAAUUGUACUAUUAAUCGAUAACUAUAAAUGUUGACGACUUACCAGUGAUGAGGCUGAAGAUGUAGCGCUCCAUAUCGUUCAACUUUUAUACUUCGGAACAUGAACAGAACUUGUGGUAUAUUAGCAUUUUGAAUUCUGUUAUGAAACUGCUGGGGAAAAUGUUUUAUUUAUUUUUAUUUAUUUUUCCUUAAUGUUUUUGUUUAGAUGUGUGCUCAUAUCCUUGAACAACACAUUCACAUAUUGAAAAAGAUUAGAGGACGUAUUCUGAUCUUACUGCAUAUAUUGCGAAGUGAAACCAUAAAUUCAUAUCUUUUUCUUUAUCUCUCAAGCUUUUCUGUAUUGUUUCAAUGCAAAUUUGUGUGGCAAAUAUGGAUGUUUUGUUACUGUUUAGCACCUCUGCUACCCAUAACCCAUCACGUUUUCUGCUCCUGGUCGGAUUGAAUUUUUAUACGACUGUAAAACCUCAGAACGAGAUCCUUUUUAUGUACAUUUUGUAAAAUAUAAGGUUUGAUGAAACUGAGCUUUCCUGUGUUGCUGGUGAAAGAAUGAUGGUGACAUUGGCAGAGUUUGUCUCUCCCUUUUUAUCCAGUCUUGGAAAUAAAAUGGCCACUAUUCAGAA